GCAAAUCAUGACCAAGUGUUAGCCACCGAACGUGCAGUCCAUGCUUACUCAGUGUAUAUAAGUACCCAUUAUCUCUUUAGCCUUAAGACGUAGCCUUUGCCAUUUCUCAUCUUACUAGUUAGACAUUUUCAGACCGAAAAAAAGACAAUGGCUGCUGCAGUUCUUAUGCCAACGAUAAGCUUUAGAGACGGGAGCAUUCACGAGGAUUGGCAAGUUCUAGGCAGAGACGAGCCGAAGAAGAAAAUUCUGGUCAAGCAAACGAGUAUGAGGCAUUCCGAGAGAGAGAUAUCGAUGGACCCCAAGUCAGUAGUCAAGUCUUUGUCUAUGUCACCGUCCUUAAGAAGGAACGAUAGCUUCGAUAUGAUGCUGUUACCGGCCAUGUCACCUCCUAGAGACUUAGAUGCGCCAAUGCCUCUUCCUUUGCAGCCAGUGCGGACUAAGUUUGUGAGCCGUAGCCUCCCAAACUCAACCACAAAUUCUCCUAAACAACGUUCUGGUCUGAUGCGUGCGCUCAAAGGCAAGGAACAAGACUCGUCUUCGUCGGCUUCAUUGAAGAGAAGCAAAUCUUGUGGAUCUACGAGCAAGAGACUCUCUCUUCGAAACUCUUUCUUCGUCAAAACCGAAUCGAACAAGAGCAUUAACAAUAACAAUACGUUAGAAGACGGGUUCAAAUGCAACGCUCUGUGUUUAUACCUCCCCGGUUUUGGUAAAGCUAAACCGGUCAGAUCAUCAAGAAGAGACGAUUCUUCUUCUUCUUCCUUCACCCGAACCACCACUACCACCACGUCGUCAUCAUCGUCCGUUACCGUUUCAAGAACCGUCUCUGUUAGAGAAACCACGACGACCACUACAGUGAUCUCAGCUCGAGCUUCAAUGGAGAAAUUCGACUGCAACUCAUACGCUUCGGAAUCUGGAGGGGACGAAGGAGGUGGUCACUUAUUCGACUUACCGUCCGAGCUAAUCAAAAGCGGUUCCGGUAAAAACGAUCACGACGAUCCAGUUUCAGCGGCUUUCGUGUUCGACAAGGAACCUGUUGAGAAAGAGAUCAAAGGGGUUUUAAAGAUGUCUGGUUCGAAAAACAGAAGAUCGAUGGAGUCUUCCCUUCGCCAGGUUCGAUUCUCCACGACGUCGCCUGUUUCUUACCCAACGUCACCGGCGAUCUCACCACGGUUGCUAGAAGCCAGCAAGAAUCUCAAUGCUUUCUUGGAAGCUCAAGCAGUUUGAGUGAUAAUUCGAGUUUUAACUUUCAAUAUAUAAGAUGUAAUAUACGGAUGUCUUUGUUAAAAUGUUUUUUUCUUUGCUAACAAUUUCCCUAGAAAUCAAUAUCCUUUUUAAA